GGGAGACAGGACCCAGGCCUCAGGCACUACCUGCCAGACUGGACAUGAGGGAUGCUGUGGCCUUGCCCCACCCCCACUGCUUUCCUCACAAUGGAGCUCAUUGCUGAAGUGGGAGGGGCUCCCAGGGAGGGGGCAGCAGGGGGUCUGCCUGCCAGACACCCUAGGGGAGCCUACCCUUACAAGCAUGAGCCAUCCCAUCCUGGCUCCCCUACUCCCAGUGUGCUCUUAAUUCUGCCUGCCUGGCGUUGGGUCCUGGAGACUUUCCUGGAGCUAGUCCAGCAACCAUCAUGCAAGGUGGUGCUGGUGGCUGCCUUCUUGCUAGGAGGUGGAAGCCUCAUGCUGUGGAUUCAGAGGAAGAAGAGAAGGAAGUCAGUUACUGAGUGUGUAGACAGGUUUUACUCAGCAGAAUCCUGCAAACCAAAGAAUGAGGACUGGAUCAAAUCUCACUUUAGCCGCCUUUCUGAAGAGAAGCUGGCAGUUAACAACAGUCCCACUGACAAUGCCCCAGUUGACAGUGGGAAUGGAGAGGCAAGCACCACGAUUCACGUGGAGACCUUCACCACGAGGCACAGAGGAGGAGGCACAGCUCUUCACCAGGAAUCCUUCACCAGCAGGCAGAGGACGUCUGGGUCCUCAGUGAUCAAAGAGACCCACAAGGAGUCAGGGAAAUCCUCCUCCACAGAUGAGGCCACCUGGGCUGCGGUGGCUGCCUGCACCAAGGAGAUCGACAGCAAGGGGCGGCAGCUGGCUAACUCCAGGCUGCAGCGUGCCACGGCGUACCAGCAGUCGGGCCACGUGGAGACCAAAGACAUCAACCAGGAGGAGCUGAAGGCUCUUGAAGAGGUGGAGAUGAAACUGAAAGGGAGCUUCCUUGCCAAGAGGGAAAAUACCACAGCUGGUGCCAACCACACCCACACUUUCCAGGGCCAUGGUCAUCACAAUCACCAGGGCCAUCAGAGCCAACAGGGCCACCCAGGCCACCCGACCCACCAGGGCCACCCAACCCACCAGGGCCAUCCAGGCCACCCGACCCACCCGACCCACCAGGGCCAUCCUGGUCAUCUGAUCCACCAGAGCCACCAGAGCCACAGCCUGCCCAACCGCAGCCACCAGAUCUGCGACCCCUUUGAAACCACCUAACCGUGGAUGAAGACACCCCUUCCCCCAGCAGGGCUGGCACAGAUUCACAGGCCUGUUUUCUCUCCUACGGGGCAACCUACGUGGCCCAGGGUGAGAUGCUGCUGCCCAAAUCCUCACUUCCUCAGGUCCCCACAGGGGUCACGGGCCCCUUAGACUCCAUAAAUAGGGUCUGCCACAGAGGAUGGCCCUAAUGGAGGGAGAGCUGGGAGGAAGUGAAGCAGCUGAAACAGACUCUGAGGCUCCUGAAGUCCCAUGGUGAGAAGACAGACAAGGCAGAUCCCAGGAGCAGCGAGAGCCCCACACUGAUGCCAAAUGCCUGGAACUGAGCCAAUAAAAAGCCUUGUGUACCCUCACCCUGAGUCGGGGGUCUCUGUGGCCAACAUAAGUUCUGGGAGGGAUGAGGAAAGAAGGCUCCUUCUCCAGCAGUCCUUGGUGGGAUAGGAUAUCUCAGCACCCCCCCACCUGCCAUUGCUAAGGAAGGGGAAAGCAGUCAGGUGUUGGGUGUGUGGGCGGAAACGGGCUUUUGGAAGAGGGUAAGCUGGUGGAGUGUCCCCUGUCCUCUUGGUGCCCUCCUCACCCUAUUUCUCCUCAAGGCACACGGUGUCCCACAGUGCAGUUCUCUCUGCCUGCCCCACCUUCUUCCCAUGGGGAUCCCAUCGCCCAUUGGGAUGCAUGUUGGCAUCUCCCCACCACCGACCCCAUGGCUUUGUGUCAGUGUAAUCUCUUCUUGUUUCUGUAGAUACUGUCCUGGCUGUGGCUGCUGCUACUGGUAAUGCUAGUACUA